GACCAGAAGUGAGAGUUCUGCGUGCUUUUUGACGUGUUUUCAAAGGCCGCUCCGAUCUACCGCUGUCGUCUCGUCGAAGGCCACUUUGUCCCCACACACGCAGUCACAAAUGGCACCUCGAUAAUGUGGACCGCGGGCUCCCGAACCUCCCGUUGCCGCCGUCGCGUCGCCGUGCCUUCGUGAGCGCCUCCGCCGCCGCCGGGCCAAGACCCCACCGCCGCCAGCCGCCAACAUGGCCUCGCCGCUGUCCCCCCCACGCACAUCUGUCAGAGCGGCUUCGGUGGUCGUCGUCGUGCUCCUGAUGUCGGCGACCGCCGCGGAGGGCUCCCAGGGCGACCGAGAGCCGGUGUACAGGGACUGCGUCAAGCAGUGUGUUCAAAGCAACUGCACCGGAGCUCGGCUACGGCGAUACCAGACAGUCCAGUCGCAGUACAUGGCACUCACAGGUUGGACUUGCCGCGAUGAUUGCCGCUAUGAGUGCAUGUGGGCCACGGUGGGCGUUUACCUGGCUGAAGGCUACAGAAUCCCGCAGUUCCACGGCAAGUGGCCGUUUACACGCUUCCUGUGCUUCGAGGAGCCGGCGUCCGCCCUGGCCUCGCUCCUCAACGGCCUGGCGUGCCUUCUCAUGCUGCUGCGCUACCGGAGCACCGUGCCACGCCAGAGCCCCAUGUUCAACACCAUCAACGCCUUCUCUCUGGUGUCACUCAAUGCUUGGUUCUGGUCCACGGUGUUCCAUACCCGGGACACAAUCCUCACUGAGAAAAUGGACUAUUUCUGUGCCACUGCAGUCAUUCUCUACUCCAUUUACUUAUGCUGCGUCAGAACGUUGGGCCUGAGGCACCCGGGGGUGUCCAGCAUCGUGGGGGUGCUGCUCAUCUUGGCCUUCACGUCACACGUGUCCUACCUGACCUUUGUCACCUUCGACUACGGCUACAACAUGGCCGCUAACACCUCCUUCGGCAUGGUGAACCUGCUGUGGUGGCUGUGCUGGUGCUGGAGGAACCGGCGGACGCUGCCGUACUGGUGGAAGUGCGGCCUGGUGGUGGUGCUGCUUCACGGCCUGGCCCUGCUGGAGCUGCUGGACUUCCCGCCUCUGCUUUGGGUCCUGGACGCGCACGCCAUUUGGCACCUGAGCACCAUCCCCGUGCACUUCCUUUUCUACAGUUUCCUGAUAGACGACAGCCUCUACUUGCUGAACACAGAAAAGCUGGGCGUCAAAGUCGAGUAGGAACUGAGCCCCGUCGUCCGACACCGCCGCAACUCUCCAAUCAUGGCCGCCGGACACCCCGACGUAGAAGUAGACCCGCCUCCCACGUGACCUGCAUGACACCUUCCAUCAGGCAGAACCGUUUACAUUGUUUUAUUAUUGGUAUUUAUUUGACAUUUUAUUUUUCGUUCUAUUUGCAUUUGCCUUAUUGUCCAUAUGUGGGAAAACAGAGUGAAAGUGAAACGUUUGAAUAUUUAAGAAUCCACUUUUUUGUUUUGUAUUUUUUUAAGCUAAGUUCAGCCCAAUAUGCAGUUUGAGCUUCCCUACGAUAGGUGGUGCCAAAAUCCCCUGAAAGUGUCUGGGUACAUCUGUACCAAAAGUGGGAGAGUGGUGCCCCCCCCCCCCAGUCCUGUGGAUUGUUCGAGAAAAAAUGGGGUGAGGUUAUGUUUGAAGGUCAUUUUAGCUGACUGAGAUUUUUCUUUUAUUUUGUGCCUCUGUUGUCUCCUUUGCUGCUUUUGUUAAUCUUUUUUUUCUUAAUUCGAUCACCUGCUCCCUUAAUUUUAUUUUUGGUGCUUUUGUUGUUGUUAUUGUUGUUGUUUCUACUAGAGUGGGAUGUGAUCAUGAAAUGGAAGUCUUUUAUUCACCUGGAUUGCCUUUUUAGCGUGACGACAAAUUGAAAAGAAUCAGAAGCGUUUCUGAAAGAGUGUUAUAUAUUAUGAUAUUUAAAGCAAAAUUUGUAUUGUAAGUGUUUUAAGAAAUGUCUUGAUGGCUUUUGUAUGGAUUUCAUUGCUGCAACGGUCCCUUCAGAAUGGCACGCACGCACCCCCAAAAUGCCAACAUGCUUGCGCCCGCCCCCUCCAUAUGUGCACUUAAGGGCCUGGCUCACUGGCAGAGUGAGUCAUCAGUUCGAUAUCGCCGCGACUCCUUGGCGACCCCGCUAGUCUCCAGGAGGCGCGAGUCGCCAACUAGUCUCCAGGUCAGUGAGACGACGGGCUGAGAGAUCCACACGGCAAUGUAUUGAGUUUGGAAUUCGGCUCACGCCUUUCUGUUUUGAGACUGAACAAUGGCCGCAAUGUGUGUUUUUUGUGGUCACGCACAAUUGGAUGGUUGCUGAAUGUUCUGACACGGGCGUGUGUAAAAGUACACUCACGUGAUAAUUUAGGAUUAUACAUGUACAGUGGUGCCUUAAGAUGCAAGUGACCCGACUUAACAAGAUUUUCAACAUAAGAGCAGGUAGUAAACAAUUCUUCAAAAAGGAGGCUUCAAGCUGUUUAAUGCCAGUUGACGUUUACUGUCAAACUAAACAGCCAUUUAAAACUACCACACAACUUUGCUUUCCGCUAGCUUAAUGCUAGCACACAAUGCAAAACACCAUAAUAGGGCUAACAGAUAAGCGUCAAGCGUCGCAAUGUCAAGCGUCGCAACGGAUAUUUGAACACAAAUGGUGCAUCAACACGUAGACAAAAUACAGAAAAUAUCACAGGCAUGUAUUUAUCCUCUGUGAAGAACUAAUAUUAUUGUGGGUUACUGAGAAGUGAGCGACUCCAUUUAUAAGCCGUAUGUCUGUACAAUACUGCCCCCAACUGGCCAAGGCACAGACAUGAAGGAGCAGCGCAAUAUCCGUUGAAUUAAAGCCAAACAAAAUGAGGCAAAAACUGUUUAAUGCUUAAACACAAUAUAAAUCUCUUCAAAAAAAGGAUUAUUACUACUACACCUGAGUCAUUUACAGCAGCAAAAAGAUUUGUCCUCGUGACUAUUAUACUGCCCUCCGGUGGCCAAGUCUCGCACACCAGGAGUCGUAAUAAAUUCAUGAUGCACAAAUUGUUAAUUCUUUACAUAUGUUAUUAACAGUUUUAAAAAGUAUAUUACAGACUGCUGUUUUCCAAAUGUCUGCUGUAUGGCUGCGAUUUAACAAAUUAAACUCGUAUCUCAAGGCACCAUUGUGUACAUGUACAUCAGAUGGGUGCAGUGGAAUGCAACAGUCCUGAACCGCGAGCUUUUAAAAAAAAAAAAAAAAAAGAU